AUGAACUCUUCUAAAACUUCAAGAACUGUCAAAGCCAUGCAUUUAUUCCAUUUAGAGUAAAGGAAUUCAAAUCUUUAACAUUAUAAUAUUCCUACUUGUAGAGAAACUAUUCCUAGUAUCUUAAAACCUUUAAGAUUAUCUCCAACUAAAUAAUCAUUACCAACAUCUCGAUUCAAUUUAGAAAAUAAUCAAAGUAAAUUAUCAGUCGAAAGGAAGAUAUCAUAACUUAGAAAAGAACUACAAAUUGCAAAAAAUAUAAAACAGAAAUAAUUGUUUCAAAGCAAUAAAUUAAUAAACAACAAUAAUUUCUCUACUCUUGAGAUAUAACUAGAUAAACAACCAAAACUAAUGAAAUAUUUCCAAAAAAAAUCUAAUUCUAAAAUUAAACUUUUCGAAAUCCCUAUCACUAUUCAAGAAAGAUAAAUUUAAUAAUCAACUUAAUCAACUUAAGUUACUAAAAUUCCAAUAUUAAAAUUAUAAGAAAAAUAAAAUUUAACUUUAGUGGAUGGAAUCAAUGAAAAUUAAGUGAUAGAAUUUUUAGAUAAAGAUUUUGAAUAGGAAACAGAAAAUCCCCGUAAGUAUGAAUUAUAAUUAUUUGAUUUAUAGUAGAUCAACUUAAAGGAUCAGAUCACUUAGAUAAUUGGAUUCUUAUCAAUUGAAUAAACCAUAAUUCCAAAACAGAAUCAACCUAGCAACAGAUUUAGUUAGUUAAUAUAAUUUAGAAAAUUAGAACUUAAAGGUUAUGGAAAAUAAAUGA